CUGGCUUCUGAGGACGGCCAGGAGGAUCAGAAGAGAAAGCUCCUGUCUUGACUCUUGCUGCGCCAGCUACCUGCCUCCUGCCUGGCUCACGGGGCUCUCAUCCUCCAGCGCAGCCGGAGGUGGUGAGAGGCAAUGCCAGUGGCCACGGACACAGGCAAGGGGGCUGGCCCAAGUGAUACUGGCGACAAGGACAGGGACCUACAGGUGCUGUUCCAGGAACUCUGCCAGCUCCAGGCAAAGCAGAGGAAGCUGAAGAGACAGGUGGUGAAGUACAAGCUUUUCGAAGACUAUCUGAUCAAAGUCCUCGAGAAAAUCCCCCAGGGCUCCAGCCAGGGGGAGGAGCCAGCGGAGGCCCUGGUGGAGGCCCUGGUGGAGCACUACAGGAAGCUCUUCACAGUCAGCCAGGACAUCCAGAAGCAUCUGGAGGCCUUCUCCAGGAUGAACCAGGCUGUCCACCGGAGCCUGGAGUCUCUAGAGGAAGGCCAUAGGGCUCUUAUCCCGAGCCUCAAGAUCCAGCUGUGCCAGCUGCAGAAGAGGUGUCACCUCCAGCAGGAGCAGUGGCAGCAGUUGGAACACGAUGUCACUUCCCAGAAAGACACAGGCAGCUCCGAGGUGGGAAGCAAGGCUGCUACCGCAGCCAAUCACAACCCUGAAGGCCUGAAGCCCAGGACUCUGGUGCUGCCGAGGAAGCAGCUGCUCAGCUACAUGCAAAUGGCCAUCAACAGCAUGGCCCAGCGGUGCUGCCCCUCUGCCCACGAUGUGCCCAGGGGCCUCUUCUCCAAGCUCGACCUGAUCCAGGAAUUUAUUUUGGACAAAAUGGAGACUGUGAGAUUCAUCUCACUGCUCAGGGGACCCAGAGCGUGCUGGUCAGAGGACAACCCCAAAGACCAGGGCCUCCGAAGGUACCCCAGGCCCUUCAGGAGACAUUCGAAGAGUCAAGACUUAAUCCCCAGGAGCCCCUUUCCCGGCCCCCAGACUUCAGAGUGCUCCAGCCUGUUCUGACACCGCCCGUGGCCACGCAGCCCUGCCAGCAUCACGACCAUCUCCUUACCCGCUUGGCCUCCAUUUUUCACCACCAGCCUCCUGAGUGGGUGGAAGCCAGCCUGGGGGCAGGGAGAGGGCAGGCAGGAUCCUGGGGUCAGCUGCGGUAGAGGGGGGCUGUUCCCCACCUUGGGGGAUUGGCAGGGAUCAGGGUGAACCUGCCUGGGACCAUGGGCAGGAGAGAGUUUCCUGAGUUGGAGCUGCUGUAAGGUGGGAAGUCUCAGCGUGGAAGGGGGUUGGGGGUUCACUCUCACUGUCACGAGUGGGUCCAUCUGAGGCCAAGGUGCUUGGAUGGAUGCCUGCCUCCUGGGAAUGCCCGAGUCACAGGAAAUUCUCACAAAGAGCCACCUGCAGCCAUAGGAGGCAGAGAGCCCGCCUCGCCCACAGCAGACUGUGGUUCUCAGUUUGUAGGGGGCAGCUCAUCACUGGCUCCCAGAAGCUGAAUUCCAGGUCGGUGCCUUCUGCACCCAAGGGUCCCAGAGCUGCCUGGAACGAGUGUUCCACUCAGGGAGACAGCGGCAAGGCCAAGGCCCUCUCCAGGCUGGUUUCCCACCUGGGAAAUUGGGUGCCGGAAUGUAUAAGGGAGUUCCCACUCUGGCCCGCUGCUCUAGGUCAAGGUUGGAAAUACUUGGUCUGCCUGGGCAGCACUGGUUUGGUGUUAUUGCGCCCCUUGAGUAAAAACCAUCCUAGCCACCUCCACAGCCCCGAAAGGAAUUCACUUCUGGGGUCUUCUGAUGUAAACUGAUUUAGGUAAACGUUUAAGUUCAGAGCAACUGAUUUGCAGCCAACAGGGGCAAGUCAGCAAAUUUGCUUUCAAAGGGGAGUUUCAGAACAGAUGCUGCUAUUCAGUCCGUGCCUGCUAAGGAUCUG